AUGGCGGGUACUACUUCUAUCGUCCUUCUCACCAUCCUCGGCACUGCUGCUGCUCACCCACAAGGUCCUUCUUCAGCGCCAUGGGGCCUGCCAGGCUCACAUUCAGCGCCACCACCUGGUGGUCCAUGGUCUGGCUGGAGCCCAUGGGGAUCAGGGCCGGGUCACCCUGGCCAGGCACCACCAGCUUCAGGACCUAAGCCAGGCCAGGGACCAACUCCGGUAGCCAUGAAAAGCGAUAUGACCAUUGUUACUCAUAACGAUCUCUAUGGCAACAUGUCCAUGCACCAAGAUGCUGCCAUCGUGCUAUCCACAGCCAUGACCGAGCAGCAAGCUCAAGCUGCAUGCGCUGCGCUGGGGGAGAAGCUCUGGUCUCCGACAGAAAGUAAGGGCGACUUUCUCAACUUUCUUUGCUACGAAGGCGAGAGUGGCCCAUACUGGAUCGCAGGCCAGAACGGACCCGACUGCAAGACUUUUACAGGCGACGGCAUGCAAGGUAUCAAGUCCUGCCCGACCACACUGCCAGUACUCUGCACCCAGAGCGCACCACUCAGCAAUGUCACAUACGCCGACAACUCCACGCAAUGGCAGACGACUGUCGGUACCGGUUCCCAGACUAUCACCGGCUUUCGUGAUCGUUUCGCUUUCCGCUUCGAGGGUGUCAGAUAUGCAGCACAGCCUGAGCGGUUCACUUACAGUACCGUUUACAAUGGUACCGGCCAUUCCAAUGCCUUGUCAUUCGGUUCUGAGUGUGUGCAGGGCGGCAACGUUGGGGCAGAAGAUUGUCUGUUCCUGAACAUAUGGUCUCCAUAUCUACCUGCUGCUGGUGAGACUACUUCGAACAAGCUCAAGCCUGUGAUGUUCUGGAUCCAUGGUGGCGCUUUUACUGGUGGCACCGGUAGUGAUCCCACGUUUGAUGGUGGCUCGCUUGUCUCUCGAGGGGACGUAGUCGUGAUUACCAUCAAUUAUCGGCUUGGUACACUGGGCUUCCUGGCGCUUGAGGACGGGGUCACUAAAGGCAACUUCGGUCUUGCUGAUCAGAUCACUGCUCUAGACUGGGUCCAUGCUCACAUCAAAGACUUUGGAGGCGACCCAAACCGCAUCACUAUCUUCGGACAGUCAGCAGGCGCUGCCAGCGUGCGUGCUCUCCUCGCUAGCCCAGCUGCCAUUGGCAAGUACGCCGCUGCUAUUCCACAGUCCAAUUUGGCCGGUGGUGAAUAUGCGACUACGUACUCGCAGUAUUACACAAUCGAUCAGGAGGUCCAGGCGGCUGCUACACCUAUCCUCAAUGCUACAGGAUGCUUAAACGCCGCGUCACAGGUAGACUGCCUUAGGAAGCUCGGCCCCUUCACAAUCGCCAACCUUACCACAGUUGCGCGUUUCCUGGUCGUUGAUGGCACAUAUCUCGUGACUGAUGAGCUGGUUGUCAAUGGUACAGGGCCUGCCGCGCACGUUCCAGUGCUCAUGGGUUUUAUGAGAGAUGAUGGCGCGGCAUUUAUUGGCUACCCUGCAGCCAACCAGAGUCUCACAACAUUCUUGACUGCACAGGGCUUCAAUCUGAGCACCAUCAGCCCGCUAUCAGUGUUCCCGGAACCGAGCGGCGCGAAUCAGACUUUGAACAUCUUCAAUACGUCUGCUUUGGUAUCGACUGACAGCGAGUUCCGUUGUCUGGACGAGGCUACAGCAUACUCCGUGGUCAAGCACGACGUCUUCGAAGAAGUGUACUUCUAUGAGUUCAAUCGCUCAUAUCAGCUAUCCGGCUACAGCCCAAACUAUCCAGUCUGCAACGCACCUAUCACACCCUCGCAUCCAUACGGCGACCCAUCAGCAGAAUACUUCAAAUGCCACUCCGGUGAGCUUUACUACGUCUUCGGCUCCGUCAUCUUCAACGGCCUGCCUCCUCGUGAUCAGAACGAUAUCCCGAUGUCACAAUUCAUCGUCGAUACGUGGUCGGCUUUUGCUCGUACUUACAACCCUACUCCUGAGAUGGCGUACUUGCAAGCUAGAGGCUUCACGAACACGACUGCGGAGCUACAGAGGAGCGGAAGCACGUGGCGACCUGUAAGCGAAGGCGAUUUGACGUUGAGACUGCUGGAGUAUCCUUCUGUUGAGGAGCCGUUUAGUGUAUAUGAUGGACAGCCGGAGUGUGUUGCUCUUGGGUUCCCGAUUGAUUACUAUGAGAGUCAUUAG